AUUGGCCCAACCUCCACAUGCAGAGAGACCUGGAUGACCAUCACAUCACAUUCCCAAACCAAUUCUGGUGAAAUUGAUCAUCUUUAUUCUACUUCAACGAUUACCCGAGUUUCAUUAUCACAAGAGAAAUUCGUUACAAUUUCUUCUCUCUGUCAAUAAGAACCUCGAUUAACCCCUUUUUUCAGUAUCAGUCGAUCAACAAAUUCUGAGUUUCUGUAAAGUUCUCUAUCCAUUUUAGAAAAAAGAGCGAUGGAUCUUGAUUUGUCACCUAAGUUGGCCAAGAAGGUGUACAGCGGAGACGGCGGCGCGUACUAUGCAUGGUGCCCAAAUGAACUGCCGAUGCUACGUGAAAGCAAUAUCGGCGCUGCAAAACUUGCUCUACAGAAAAAUGGCUUGGCUAUGCCUCGUUAUUCUGAUUCCGCCAAGGUUGCUUAUGUCCUUCAAGGUAGUGGAGUGGCUGGAAUUGUUCUUCCAGAAAAAGAAGAAAAGGUGCUUGCAAUAAAAAAGGGUGAUGCCAUUGCACUUCCUUUUGGUGUAGUCACCUGGUGGUACAACAAUCAGGAUGCUGAACUCGUCAUCCUGUUCCUUGGUGAUACCAAAACAGCCCACAAAGCUGGUUCAUUUACCGACUUCUUUUUAACAGGGUCUAACGGCAUCUUCACUGGAUUCUCGACCGAGUUUGUUAGUAGGGCAUGGGACUUGGAAGAGAGUGUUGUAAAAGCCCUUGUUGGACAGCAGUUGGGUAAAGGUAUUGUGAAGGUUGACACAGACUUCAAAAUGCCUGAGCCCAGGGCAGAGCACCGCAAUGGAAUGGCACUAAAUUGUGAGGAAGCUCCAUUGGAUGUGGACAUUAAGAAUGGGGGAAAGGUUGUUGUUUUGAACACAAAGAAUUUGCCAUUGGUUGGUGAGGUUGGACUUGGGGCUGAUCUUGUGAGGUUGAAUGGAAGUGCUAUGUGUUCUCCAGGCUUUUCUUGUGAUUCUGCUUUGCAGGUCACUUACAUUGUUAGGGGCAGUGGCCGUGCUCAGGUUGUUGGUGUUGAUGGUAAACGUGUAUUGGAAACAACGGUUAAAGCUGGGAAUCUAUUCAUUGUUCCAAGGUUCUUUGUGGUUUCAAAGAUUGCUGAUCCUGAUGGUUUAGAGUGGUUCUCUAUCGUCACAACUCCCAAUCCUGUUUUCACUCAUUUAGCUGGGAGGACUUCAGUCUGGAAGGCAUUGUCCCCACAAGUGCUCCAGGCAUCUUUCAAUGUUUCUCCUGAUGUAGAGCAGAAAUUCAGCUCAAAGAGGAAGGCUGAAGAAAUCUUUUUCCCACCACCAAAUUGAUUCAGGAAUAUGAUUCAUUUUGUUCGAGUUUUUAGUUUAAUAAGCAGCAUCAAGACUGAAGAGUUCGAAAAUGCUUUCACAACUUCUGUUUGAUAAUGGUUUUCUGUGCCACAUUCGUGAUGCAUCUUUAAUGGUUUUCUUUCGCAAUUUGCUUCAUUGUUUUGAUUGGAUUCA